AUGGACGAAGAGGAAGCUCGUUUUCCUUGCAACGUAAAAUACCGCCGGGCCCAUUAUUUGGGGCGACUCUACCGCGUGCGCCCCACAGAGGAUCAUCGUCACUAUCCCUCCAGGGCCAGUCUUUCGGGCACUGGUCCCAUCAUCGCGAAUAGGAAACGGUCCCUUGGAGAAAGGAUGGGGAAGAACUCCAUCAGCGGCUGGGGACAACACGAGUGA